AGGGACGUGACGUCACUUCCGUCAAAUUGCUGCCUUUUUUCUCCUAUAUACUGCGCACAGCUUCCGGUUUCCCUCCUUUUCUACAGCGGCCGCAUCCUGCGAACAUGCCUCUCGCUAAGGAUCUCCUGCAUCCCUCUCCUGAAGAGGAAAAGCGCAAACACAAGAAGAAACGUCUGGUUCAGAGUCCUAACUCUUACUUUAUGGACGUCAAAUGCCCAGGUUGCUACAAGAUAACCACGGUGUUCAGCCAUGCCCAGACUGUGGUCCUGUGUGUGGGAUGCUCUACAGUCCUCUGCCAGCCAACAGGCGGCAAGGCCAGACUCACAGAGGGAUGCUCUUUCCGACGGAAGCAGCAUUAGGUUUUCCUGACGUAGAUGCAGCAACUACACUCUAUGCAGGGACUCACCUGCAAAUCGUGAAGGACAAGGCCUAAGGGGGAUAGAUCGACCUGAUUCCAUUGUGGACACUGUAACCUCUUAUCCCUUGUCUAUCAAUAAAUUUUGGAUACGAUUAGCUU